ACGAUUUUGCAUUUCCAGGGGAGAGAACUGUAUGUAAACAAUACAGUUCUCUCCCCUGUCAGCUCAUGCACACUGCUUUGUAUGGCUCUGCCAUACAAAGUUAUACAAAGCAGUGUGCUUACAGUGGAAAGCACACAUACAGCCUCAUAGUAAAACACACACAGCACACAGUUAACACUUUGAUUGCCCCAGAUGUUAACCCCAUCCUGCCCAGUGCCAUUAGUACAGUAUCAGUGCUUUUUAUUAGCCCUGAUCACUGUAUUGGUGUCACUGGGGAUGUCAGUAACACCAAGUCAGUUCCCCCCAGUGGCAGAAUACCCACCGCAGUCCCAUUAUAAGUCGCUGAUUGCCGCCAUUACUAGUAUAAAAAAA